GUCAUCAUGGAAGCCUGGGUGAAAGGUGUGAAUCCCUAAGACAACUCCAGCCCCAGCAACUGGGACUUCGGCAGCAGCUGCUGCUUUGCAGGCAUGGUUGUCACCACCAUAGGAUAUGCAAACCUGGUGUCCAGCUCGGAGGCAGGUCGAGUCUUCUGUGUCUUCUAUGCCCUGGUGGUCAUCCCGCUCAGCGGCCUUUCUCACCUAGGCACAGAGCUGCAUACCCACCUCGCCACCCUCAAGAGGUGAGAGGACCUGUCCAGGUGCUCCCAGCUACUGCAGGUCCUGGGUCUGGCUCUGCUCCUGACCCUGGGAUCGCUGGCCAUUCUCAUCUUCCCGCCUAUGAUCUUUGGCCAUGUGGAGGGCUGGAGCUUCUGCGAGGGCUUGUGCUUUGCUUUUAUCACCAGCACCGUUGGCUUCGGAUAGUACCUGGCAGGCACAGGUCCCAGCAAGCGUUACAUCUCUGUGUACCGGAGCCUGGCGGCCAUCUGGAUCCUCCUGGGCCUGGCGUGGCUGGCACUGAUCCUCCUGCUGUGUCCCCAGCUUCUGCAUAGGUGCUCCCACCUCUGGCUGCUCAGCAGGUGCCUCACUCAAGAUGGGAAAGCCCCUGUCCAUGAUGGGCUCCGCAGACCUCAGAAGAUCCCCAUCUCUGCAUGA